AUGUCCAAGAGACAGCUGAAAAAGCUGCGCAGAGCGGAAAGGGACCCCGUCGAGCGCCAGGCCAAGAAGCGCAAGUCCAAGCGCGACGCCAAGAACGCCAAGCACUUCCAGGCCGAGGCACCCAAGUAUUCAUUCGCCAAUGGCUAUCGCAUGGUUGAGCCGUAUGUGUAUGAGUUUCGCACUUUUGCCAAGGCGAGGUGGUUCGACCGGCAACUUCUGGAGAUUUUCACAAAGGAGUUUGGGGCCAAUUCGCCGGAGUAUUACAAAUUCGCCAUCGCGUCUGGACGCAUCUCAGUGAACCACAAGAUCGUGCCUGCAGACACCGUCAUCAAGAACGGAGACUUGAUCAUCCAUACGGCUCAUCGCCACGAACCGCCCGUGUCGGGAGAAGAGGUUUCGGUCGUCUACGAAGACGACGAUUUGAUCGUAGUGUCAAAGCCACCUUCCAUGCCCACCCACCCGUGCGGCGCGUAUCGGCACAACUCGCUGCACUCGAUCGUGCAGGCUACCCGCCCUGAUCUCCCGCAACUGAAUAUCGUUCAUCGGCUCGAUCGGCUGACGUCAGGUGUCGUCCUCCUGGCGAAAAAUGCUGCUAAGGCGAAGGCUCUGUCGGCGAUCAUUGCUAAUCGCCAGGCCUCCAAGAUGUAUUUGGCCCGUGUGCGCGGACAGUUUCCUGAUCUUCUGGACCCCGCAGUCCAAGAGAAGCUGGUUAGCUCAGCAAAAGUGACCUGCCCUGCCAGCGAGAUUUCAUUCCCAAAGGAAGGUGGCGUCCUCAUCAGCUGCCCGCUUCGCUGUCUUUCCGCUCGUGACGGCGUCUGGGAGUGCCACGAAGAAGGAAAGUCUUCGGAGACUUUAGUGAAGCUGAUCCGCACGGACAAAUGCACUAGCCUGAUGGAGUGCAAACCGAUCACGGGUCGAACGCAUCAGAUUCGUCUGCAUCUGCAGCUUAUUGGGUUUCCUAUCGCCAACGAUCCUUGCUACGGAGGAGAGCUGCACUUUGGAGAAAGCACAGAGCGCGCGAAAGAGAUCGCAGAUGCCAAACGCAGCAAGGCCGAUCUUCCGCCUAAGGACCCGGUAGAUUUCUCCACGCCUCGAAAGGAGGAGGAGAGCGAAGGGGAGUUUAUGAAGCGGACUUGCACGUGGUGCUACGUCGGUGAAGCUGAAGCUUUUAAUGAGACGCAACUACACUGCUCGAAGAUCUGGCUGCACGCACUAGAGUACAAGCUUGACGGUCAGGUGUACAAAGUGCCCGAGCCUAGUUGGGCUGCUCCCUCGACUGAGUACUAG